AUGAUGAGCCGUAGCACCUGGGGCAUGCGAGGCUGGUGCCGCGCUGAGCGCACGGCCGCUGUGCUCUCGCGCGUGGAGAAGCAGCUGUUGUUCAUUUGCUCUCCGAACUCGGUCUUGGUGUCCAAUGGCAACGAAUGGGCAAGGGCUUGGCCAGGAGAAGGUGAUUUCACCGUCGAGGCCGAUCGCAGCAAAGUGAAGCAGCUCACCAAUGAGCUGCUUCAACUCAAGUGCCAUGCGCUUUGGUUGAAGCGCGAUAUGCCCAGCUGGCGCUUCUACAAGGCUUUGGGUCCACGUGGCCAGGGACAUCCUGAACCAGUGGAAGGGACGCAGGAGGCAGGGUCACUGGACAGGUUUGACGAGUUUUUAGAAGACAUGACACCAGGAUACGCCACGAGAAUGCCGUCUCUUGUUUAUUUGCAAGCUAAAUUCCCUUUUUGGGAAUAUGUGUUAGUCUUUUUCCAGGUUCCUUAA